AUGGAUGUUUUUUAUAUUGUACUUCUUUAUUUUGCAAAAUCAUUUUUUGGUUUAACUUUAAAGAGAGAGAAAAAAAGGCCAGAAAACAAAUAUUAUCAAGAUAAUAUUGGAGGUGAUGAAAGGGAAGAAUAUGAGAGCGUUGAUCAUGAAAUAUUAGCAAAUGGUGAAGUGGAAUGUACUUUUGAUGAUGAAGAAUGUGAUAAAGAUGAUAUUUUAGAUGUUUUAAACCAAACAAAUAUACACCACACUUGUUUUAAAAGAUCACCUAAACAUACUCGCAUGUUUAGAAAUAUUGUUCUACAAAAAUUAAAGAGGGAGAUAUUACCUAAAGAGUGGAUAUCCAUGUUUGAUGGAAUUCAUUGCAUGAUGCCUUAA